GGUUUUGUUUUUUGUUAUCAUAUGAAUGAAGUAUGACUUAAUUAUGAAUUUCAUUUGUAGUAAUGUUUUCAUAGUGCUUAGAAAUUAUACUGAAUAUGCCUUUUAUAACAAAUAUGCCUAUCCCAGAUAUCUUCUAUUUCUGAAUUUUGUAGUUUUAGUAAUUUCUUAGUAAUUAGAACUUAUAGCUAGUUUUAUUUGCUUUUGUAUCCCUAAUCAUUCUAGUAAAUAAUUAAUGCUUAUUUGAUUACUUUAAUCAUUUUAGCAUAUGAUUAGGAUCUGUUUGAAAGAAUAUGUAAUUAUGAAUCCAAGUGUGUAAACAUGUAACUGGAAUUUUUGUUUAUAAAUAAAUGUUUAUUUUGUAAAAAUGUUAAAAAUAUUUUAUAUGAAAUAUUAUCCAUCACUAGCUAUACAUUUUUCUCAUUUCUGUUGUAAUUAAUGAGCGGCACACUAGAAAAAUUGUUGUUUUUUAGUGGUCAACCAAUGAAGCAGUUUCCAUAAGAAGUGAAGUGUUGCUAAGCAAGUUCAUGCCCCAUCAAUAUGGGUUUAUAUGAACCAUCAAUACAGAUAAAUAGUCAUCUGGUGUAUAAGUCAUGUGUGCUUGUAUUUCCUAACUGAACUCCUAAAUCGUUUCCUUUGCUGAUUUUGCUGCCAGUCAUGGUGCAUUAUCAUUACGUUGUCUUUUUUUUGUAUUUUGGUUGUUUUUCAUGCAGGACUUGAUUUAAAUAGAUCAUUUGUUGUCGUCUAAAGCAUUCACUAUUGAUAGUCUCGGCAGGUUUUAAUAGUUCAUAUUAGAUUACACCCUUCUGUUCCCACCAAACACAUUUAUUGUUUUCUUUCUAUAGUGAUCAAUGUUGAUGGUUUACCUAGAGAUAUCCAUGAUUAUUGAUGCUUAAAGAAAACAAAAAACUAUACCACUACAAUCCAUGAAGGGUCUUGGUUUCAGUACUGUUAGGUAGAAAACACUGUUUCUUGGUAUACGGUUGUGCAAGGAGAUGAUUUGAUCUAGAUCAUGCUCAACCACUAGGUUUUUCCCCUUAAUUAAUUAUUUUAAUUAAGGAUACCCACUUUAUAGAUGCUGGGUGUGCCCCAAGAGGGUCUACCUACCUAAGGUCGUCCCACGGCCAAUGAAACAGAAUAAAUAAUUUUUCUGCCAUGAGCUGGGAUUCGAACCUGAGACCUUUAGCAUUGGGUAGCUCAGUACCCUACCACUGAGCUACCCCACUCCCUAUGCUUUGAAUUCUCAAAAUAUGUCUACUUUUCAUGGUCACUAUUUAAUGGAGAAAUGACUUUUUUUUUACCUGGUGAGCAAAUUUUGGAGAUGGUUUUCUGAUUUUCUUGCUGUCUUACAUUUAUUCAAAUCUUUCCCAUGGCUUUCAAACGUGUGGAGACAGCUUACAUUCAAUUGAUCUGCAAGUUAUUGUUAGGUUUAAGUGUUGUCUUCAUUUUACAAUUCUUCCAAUCCGCUGUCUUGAAGCUUUUUUGUGGUCUGCCACGUUCUCCAUGUCUCAUGUAAAAAUCAACACUUAUACAUUUUUUAAAGCACUCUGAUUUACCAAGAACAUGCUCAUCUCAAGCAUCUGAUGCGAUUCAGCAGCAGUUUUCUUUAAAUGGUUGUAGAAAACUAAUACUGUCUGUAAAUCAUAAUUUGUAGGCACAAAACACGACAUGUUCAACACCACUAAAAUGAUACUUUUAUAUGAAACUUGAAUUGUUGUGAGUUGAAAAUCUUUACUAGCUGUAGAAGAAAUAAAAUGACAUCUAUAAUGCAAUUUAAGGAUAAAUACAUCAACAACUAGAACAAUUAAUGGAUGAAUUUCGAUUUCAUAUUUACACACUUGCUCAGUUAUGUUUUGGAAGUGUUACCUUGAAAAGCCAAAAGAGGAAACUAAGUUCAGACUUGAAUGAUGAUGUUCAUGCAAAUAAAAUUGUUUGCACCGAAAUCGAAAAGGAAAAUGUUGAAAUUAAUAGUAAAUCGUUGUGUGGAUUUAGUGAAAGUCGGAAGAAAUUGGAAGAAAAAAAAGAGUUAGAUUCAAUUAGCAAAAAUACUCCUGAGAAGCUUAAUACUUCCAAAAGUGAAACUUCUGUUGAUUUAACUGAGGAUGCAGUAUCUACUUCACAGAAUAAAGAAGCGGUAUCUAUAGUUAAAGAAGAUGAUACAUCACUUAGAGAUUUUUCGUUGGUUAUUAGUGAUAGUGUUUUGAAUUCAAUUAAUAAUAAAAGUGUAGGGGGCGAGAGUAAUCUAAGUAAUGACAAUUUAACAGUUGAAAAAUGUAGUGGAGAAAACAACAGCAGUCGAAAUGACGUUAGUAAUGUAGACCCGGAAAGUGAUGUUAAAGAAGAUCCUGCGGACAAAAACUUGUCCAUCGAUGAGUCUCUUAACAGAUCAUUAAAUAGUGAUGAUGAUGAUUUUGCUAUUUCUUCAGAAGAAAGUCCUAUAAAUAAAUCUUCCCCUGGUAGUGUAUCACGAAAAUUAACCCCGAAGCGUUUGGAAUCCUUAAAAAGAAGAGAAGAAAGAGAACGUCUUAGAUUGGAACGAAUAGCAUUGAGAACUAAAGCAAAGGAAGAAAAACUAAAAUUAAAACAAGAAAAAGAAGAUUUGAAGCGAAAAGAAAAAGAAGAAAAAGAAAAAAAAAGACAAGCAGAACUGAAAAUUAAGGAAGAAGAGAAAAGACUUAAAGAAGAAGAAAGAAAGAAGAAAGAGGAAGAAAAAAGAUUAAAGGAGGAAGAAAGAAAACAGAAGGAAGAAGAAAGGCGCAAAAAAGAAGAAGCCAAAGAAGAAGAAAAAAAGAAAAAAGAAGGAAUGACUGAGAAAGAGAAAGCAGCUUUCGUCAAUUUUUUUAUCGCUAAGAAAAAACAGCAACCUGACACUACAGAGAAACCAAAUGAAAGUGAGGAAAUAAAGUUUAUGCCAUUUCCAAUGAAAGCUGAUAUGAAGCUUGCUGUGAAUUCCCGUCGGGUGAUUAACAGUGAAGAGAAAGCAAACUUAGAUAACAUACUUUCAGCCACAAUUGAAAAAUGUCCAGAUUUAUAUUUGAAAGAGCUCAAAACUGGUGCGCAUCUGCCACUACAAACAGAAGCUACUUGGCCCAUUGUAUCCCAGGAAGAAGAGCAUGAUGUUAUUAUAAUUGAAUCUACAGCUGAUGGCGAAUGUAUUGAUUUAACUAAUACAAAAGUGAUCAAUAACAAAAAGAAAAUGAAAGCUAAGCUGCUGCAGUUUCAUGAUAAUCGUCGCCCUCCUUACUGGGGUACUUGGAGGAAAAAAAGUAGUUGUGUGGGACCUCGAAAACCUCUUGGUCUUGAUAAGAAAACUUUUGAUUAUGAAGUUGACUCGGAUUCAGAAUGGGAAGACGAAGGAGAAGGAGAAGAUAUUGAUAAAGCGGGUGAUUCCGAUGAAGAACAAGGUGAAGAAGAAGAAAACCAAAAUAGUGGGGAAAAUGGUUAUUUGUUGGAUAAUACUUUUGUCCCUCACGGAUAUCUAAGCGAUGAAGAAGUGCACCCCGACGAGGAGGUUGAUGAAAAUGACCCUGAAAAUUUGAAACUACGAAUGAAAUUAUUGAAACAGGAGUUUGACGAAGAAAUGAGAAGUAAAACAGAAAGAUUAAAACCUCGCCUUUUGGGUUGUGUUUGGAUCAGCAAUGGCACAACUGAAGUCAGCGCAGGCAGCCUUUAUGAAACUCUUCUGCGGUUUCGAGCGGUUUGGAAUGAAGAAGGUGGUGCGAUUGAUAUGACUGGUCCAGAAAUCGAAGAAAGUCCUACGCUCGUUCAAGCAAAGAGUAAACCAUUCCCUGUUGUUGUUUUGCAGAUACUUGCUAGGUUUGUACAUGGAAACAGCUUGCCUCUGUCAGGCCUCGUCAGAGAGUUUUUAAUAAAACUUGAAAAAGAUCACCUAACAGAAAGUGUCACUAAACGGGCAGUUUCACUUAAAAUUAAAGAGAUCGCAUCUAAAACUUUUGAUUCUUCUGGGAAAUCUAUUUGGGCCGUAAAUAUGGACAUGUGCAAAGAGUAUGGUUUGAAAGUAAUUGAUACUGCAAAGUGUUCUGCACCACCAACACCAAUUGUGCCUGAAAAACCUAAAGAGAGUCUCUUAGUAAAUUUCUUAAAAGGUGCGCAUACUCCUCAACCUGUAAAGAAAAGAGUAGCACUAAUUCCUGUUCCAUCAACUGAUGACUGCACACCUGUUAAAAAAGAAAAUGAAAAGACUGUACAUGUAGCGACACCGAGACCGACAGUUGGACAUGUAGUGACGCCUAGACCAACAGCGGAAAAUGUCAUUAAAAAAAGAGCACAGUUGAUUACUUUAUCGAGAACUCCAGAUUCUGCAAAGACUGUUCCGACUGUGCAUGUUGAUACUCCUAGGCCAUCAAAUGCUCCUUCUAAUGCCAGUAUUGAAACUGUCGAUCUUUCCACUGAUUCCUUAUAAACAAUUCGCCAAUAAUAUUAAAAUUCAAAAACUG